CUGGGGAAUGUGUCGGUCAGUAUCGUGCCACCAACCAAAGUGGUUGAGUUUGAGGUCCUUCAGCAGCAUCAUCUGCACCCCCACACCCAGCAGGACGUCCAGAUCCAGGAGACACAGCAGUCCACCAUCGAUCCAAAAGAGGCAAAGACCUUAAACUGUCGGGUCGAGUACGAGAAAACCAACAGAUCCAAGAAAUCCAAACCCUGCCUGUAUGAUCCGUCUCAGACCUGCUUCACAGAGCACACCCAGUCCCACGCUGCUUGGCUUUGUGCUAAACCUUUCAAGGUGAUCUGCAUCUUCAUCUCUUUCUUCAGCAUUGAUUAUAAGCUGGUUCAGAAAGUGUGUCCAGACUACAACUUCCAAAGCGAUCACCCUUACUUUGGAUAAAGUAAACGAGACUAAAUAGAGAAUAAAAGAGACACUGAUGAGUAAAAUGAUAAUGAUGGAAAUGAUAGUCAUACUGAUCCUGUUAAAAAAAAGCAGGGGACAGUUUUUUUUGCCUCUAAACAGCUGUGAAUUGUGGAUUUAAAUCAUGUAUAUUCAGACUUAUGGAUGAUUAGGAUGUGGCUGAUUUCACUGACGUCUUUUCCAACUUUGUAUUUGUUCUGUUUUUCUUUGUUUUCUUUUGUUUUCUGUAAAUAUUGUACUCAACCCCAGCAGACUUAUUGUUUUUAGAUAUUUGUUUCUUAGUGUCAUUUCUUUCUGAAGUUGGAGGCUUGGUUACAAACAGCUGGAAUCAGUAUUAUGCCCUUCGAGUACAAAGUAAGCCUCUGAGGCAGCCGAACAGUGCCAUCGCUGUAUGGCAAACGUAAUGUUAUGGUAGACUGACUGUUAAUCAUCCUCUCAGCUCUACAUUUAAACCCUGGAUAUAAGAGAGUUAUAUGUAUGAGAAAUGCCAUGCUGGAUAUGCAUACAAUAUACUGUAUGAAAAAGCACAUUAAAAUCUCUUAAACUGUCUGCCUUUUACUGACUGAAUGUUUUGGUUCAGAGCUUGAAGCAAAUUUGCAAGGCGCAAGCUGUGCAGCGUUUUCAUGUUAUCUAACUCAGCAAGGACACUAUUAUGAAUUAAGCUACAUUUUACUCUGAUUAGGAAUUCAUGUUCCAGCUUUCAGCUAAGAUAUGUAAUUUUAAUUUUCUCAAAUAUAUCGAAGGAAAGUUUGUUAUGGAUUGAAUUUUAACACGAAAACCAACCGUGAAACAUUCUUUAGAUGAUAAAGUUCGACUUUUUGAGGGAGUUGAUAUGUACAGUAAUAGAAUCCAGCAGCCUUAUCUGAUGUGAUUUUUAAUUACAUAUAUCCUGGAAAUGGAAAAGAAUAACUAUUGUACUGAAGGUAACAUGACUGACAGAUUUAUGUUUGUUUGAUCAUGCAACCAAAUAAAGUAUUGCACACCCGA